UGCUCCAGCCAUUGUCAUAACCAACUUUGUGGUUUUGAUGUUUUAGGUUUCGAAAGCCUUAGCAGAUGCUGUUUCAGAAAUGAUAUUUGUCCAUGGUUUUCUACAUGGUGAUCUACAUCCUGGAAAUGUACUAGUUUGUCCAGAUGGACGGAAUGGUUUCUCUUUAGUUCUUUUGGAUUUUGGAAUUUGCAAGAAAUUGGAUGAAGCUUUUAGGCUGAACUUCUGCCAACUAUGGGAGGCUUUAAUACUUAAUGAUUCUAACAAAAUCCAACAGCUGGGGGAUAAUUUUGGUAUUGGGAAAUAUUCAAGAUACUUGCCUGUAAUAUUUACAGGGAGAACAAUUGAGAGUAAAUCAGCACUCUCAAGGGGAAUGUCAGUUGAAAAAAAGCAGAGUCUAAACAAGGAUUUGAAGUCUCUCAGAAUCGAAGACAUAUCUUCCUUCUUCGAGUCACUACCUAAUGAAUUUCUUACAGUAUUACGAGCCGAUGGGCUCUUAAGAUCUUUGAUAAUUAAGUUAGGUGCAUCCCAGCGACAGCGACUACUUUCAUAUGCUAAAUAUGCACUGCAUGGUCUCUCUUUGAAGCCUAAUUCCGGAUCUGAAUCUGCAAUUGGAGCGGUCUACUUUAGGUUCCAGAUCGGGAUUCGAUACAUUCACAUGAGAUUACUUUUUGCAAUGUUGGAACUCAUGUCUUGGAUGGGCAACAUUCAACAGGCUUCAGCAGAAAGGUUCAACCGUUUUCUUUCCUCGGCAAGAUAUGCAUUGACUUUGACACGACGAGGCCUCCACAUCUGUUGUGCUCAUGCCUUCACCUGGGAAUUUGCUUCCAAGAUUGUUCUCUUCAUAUAGCCUUACCAUGGCAGCAGAUUUUAUCCAGGAGCUUACUGAUCGCUAUGAGGAUGAUACACGGAAUAUCUAAGGAUAAUGGCUUUGUUUGGACUAGUGUUUUUAAUUAGUGUUAGUGUUUUGAAUAUUUUUAAUGAUGCAGAUUAACUUUGAGAAUGUUAUAACAUAAUGCUUCUAGCAUUGUGUUCAUUCUAAAAUAACGCAGUGCUCAUUUUAGAAUUUAUUUUUAAUAACAAGUUUGCCAUGAUGUACCAAGAAAAAAGUACAUCUGUUUGUGGUUUGUACUACAUAAUUUUCCUAUGUUAGAUUGCAUUUUUAAAAUGUUAAAGCUAUAUGUCAGACAUUCACAAUGCAAAGCACUACAAAGUAAAUGAUAUGGAGGUUC